AUGACCCUGGUUGGUCGCGUGGAGGAGAUGUGCUCGGAGGAGGAGCUGCGGCAGCGAGAGGCCGAGAGGCUGCUGGACCCACUCGAGUGGUUGGCGGGCAGCGAGCCGCGGGCACCGAAGGCUGACAAACUUCUGACCACAAAGAAGUACCAGCGAAGCGCUGCUGGCAAGGUCUUUGCUGCGGAAGAGGUCCGCAGCCUGCAGGCAUGCACCCGGACCAUGCUCUUCCUCAUGACACAGGUCCUGUCGGCGGACGUCGCUCCUGAAACGCCUUUUGUCGUGACUCCGUCCCUGGAGCAGGCAGCAAUGGUGCUGUUGAGACAUUGGCAACACAUGGAGGUCUAUGCUUAUCUUCGCGACCGGAGCAGGGCAGUGCGGCAAGACUUGCAUCUGCAGCAGCCCCUCAGCGGACGCAGCCUGGAGUUCGUGGAGUGCCACGAGUAUUGUCUCCGCUUCGAGAUGCUGGCGCUCUUUCUUCUGUCUCCCCGUCUCAAGCCUGGCAAGGGAUCGUCUCAAGGAGGCUACAGCAGACACUUAGGAUUGCAAGCAAUCUCUCAGACCAUCGAUCCCUUGUUGGCUGCAUAUCGAGAGAUCCGGUGCUAUCAGGGAGCUGAUGCAGAGCUUCGUAACGAACCUGCAAUUCAAAGGUUCGUGGUGCUACUUCUCUUGGCAAGUUCCCCGGCCACGCUGCCUGCGCAUCUUGCAGAUCUGGGCGCCACGGUGUUGCGGCAUCCCUUGCUGGUUUCUGCUAUUGCUGCAUGUGCAGCUUUCCUUUCCGGUGACUACGUCGGCUUCCUGCGCUUCUACAAAGGAGCAGACUUUCUUUCUGCUGUGGCCCUGGCUGAGCUGGCUGAUCUGGCAAGGGUGCGGCAGCUGUGGAUUCUCAGUCGGGCGUACCCGCGCUCGAUCGGGGAUGUGGUGAAAUUGUCGGCGUUGGUGAGGCUUCUCGCCUUCCAGGACGAAGCACAUGCUAGAGCAUUCCUCGUCUUCCACGGUUUGGUCGUGGAAAACGGCCUGGAUCAAGAUCCAGAGGGUGACUAUCGGGUCUUCUUACCCAAGAAAGGUUCCGUGGAGGAGGGUCCGGAUGCCUUGCUACUGGCGAAGUUCGCUGGCCACAGUAGAUCUGACAUCGUGCUGGGCCAUGCCGAUCCAAGGGAGAGAUUCGAGCGCAUAACGAGUCCCAAAUUCCUGGAGGCCGACCGGAAACCGCGAGACUGGAAGCAAGUGAAAGUCCCCGAGAUGGAUGACUGGUUCAGCACCAUCGGUGGACUCCUGAAGAAGAAAGGGUACCGACCAGACCAAGAGGGCGAUCGCUUUGAGGUCCUCAACCGCAAAGGCGUCCCCUUCUCUUUGAAGGACCAACGCCUCGUCAGCCGCGAAGGGCGGCGCUGCCUGGUUUCGGCGGACUUCCCUCUGCUGGUGAACAUCAAGGAGUGGAAGAUCUCUGAGUUGCGUCGACAAGUUCGGCUGUCUGGAACCGAAGAGAGGAAGAGCCAGGUUGCCAUCCAGAAGCAGAUCGAACAACUCAAAAAAGGACGACCUGGCAAACUCCUGGGCGCGCAGGAGCAGGAGAAGCUGAAGCAGCUUCGUGAAACGGAGGCACGUCUUCAGGUGCAGCGGCAGGAGGUGCAAACUGAGGCAGAGCUCCACUUGAAGAGUCGCGCGUCUGUGCUGCUCCAGGCCGUGAUUCGCGGGAAGUUCGUACGCCUUCAGCUGCGACGGCGGCACCGGGCGGCGCGGACGCUGCAGCGCGGUUGGCGAGGCUACUUGGCCCGCCUCCGUGUUCUCCAGAUGAGAGAGCUGGCCAAGCAGAGGGUAAAGCAGAUCAAGCACGUUCGCAAUGCGGAGUCCUUGUUCGAGGCCGUCCACGAUCGCCAGGAGGCAGUGGCCAUCCGGGUGGUCCGCGACAAGGAUUUCAACCCGUUUGGAUUCCGCCAUCGAGUCUCGCAGCAGUCUCUCCUGCAUGCGGCUGCCCAGGAGGGCCUGGAUGCGCUCUGCGCCGAGUUGGUAAAGGCCUCGAAGCUCCGAGGCAUCCCUGACUUUGCAGCGGCAAAGGACUGGCGCGGGUGGACGGCUCUGCACGUCGCGGCACAAAAUGGAGAGGCAGAAUGUCUCAAGGAGCUCCUACAGUGCGAGGAUCUCAUGGCAAUUCCAGGCUGCCUGGGCCGGAAUGGGCAGACAGCACUGCAUGUCGCGGCACUUCACGGUGAGACCGAGGCGGUGAAGGUCCUCCUCUCCACGCAAAGCUUCGAGGAGGAGAUUGAUCGCAGAGACAGGUGGGGUCGCACAGCGCUGCACUGUGCCUGCGAGCGGGGUCAUGCCAAGGCUGCUGUGGCCAUUGCUGAGCAUCCUUACUUCACGGCCUUUGCGGCCAAGACUCUUUGGGGCCUGGACGCUUCCGCCAUGGCCUCGGCAUCGCUCAGACAAGAGUUGGAGGAAGCAAAUCGCAGGAGGGAGGAGCGAGGCGGUCUGCGGCCGAGGCGCAGGAUCUGCACCUUCCAGACACCUGUCGAGGAGUCGAAAGAGCAGGUUGGUUCACGCGAGUCUGUCAGCAGCGAGCGGCGGCGGGGUGUGAGCCACAACGAGAUGAGACUUUCGUCUGAAGUCUUGCAAAAAGCAGGACUCCACGCCGAAGCAAGGGAGAGAGCCGGGAAGGAGGUGCUUGCAGCAAAGCGCGAGGUGAUGGCGAAAGCAACCGCCGCGGCGCGCGCGGCGCAGAGAGACAGCACCACACGAACAAGGGAGAGGCAGUCGCCACCAAAGCGUGUCGGUAGCAUGUAA